AUACAUAAGACGGGCAGAAACGACUGUUCAGGUAGCUUAAGAGCUGCCCGCUGGCUGGGACUGGGCGCGCGCCCUUGGUCCGUUAAGGGUGGAAGAAAGUGGGGUUUUUGAACCCCCUGUGUAGUUUGUGGCUGACGACGCUGCAAGGCUGGCAGGUCCUGGCCGGCACUCUUCAUUCAGCUUUCCACCGUGACACUGCUGACGAGGGUGAAUGCUGGAAAUGAAGAUUGUGGGGGACUUCUGAGAAUUAAUUGCAAUUUUGGAAGUUUUUCCCAUUAUUUAAACCUGACUGAAUCGGCAAAAAUGCCUGCUAUGGUUCCAGAACUGUGGAAUUACAUCCCAGAAGAAGUUCUCAGGCAAAUUUUCUAUUAUCUUUCUCUUCGAGAUAGAUACACGGUCUUCCAGGUGUGCAGGCAGUGGGCUACAGCUGUUUCCUCUAGCUCUGUUUGGCAUUACACAGAGAUCAGCUGUGACUCAGAGGAUGAGGAAGGCAUGCUACAGAGCCUGCUCCAGUUCCUCAGCCAAAUAAAACACCUAAAGAUUGUGUUUGACCAGUCCAAGGAGGUCAACCGGAAGAAUGUGACACGCAUCUUGGAUGUCUUGGCAAAACAGAACCACAAACUGCAGCAGCUGUGCAUUGUGUGCCGUGGGGAGAACCCCUACUUUUACUCUGGCCAGGACAUCCUACAGAGCAUACGGAAUAUAUGUGACACUAAAAACCAGAUAGAUCUUCAGCAUAUUGAUUUUCGAAAAAUGCCCUUCACUCUUGAUGGUGAGCUUGUUGAACUCUUAGCUACCGCCAACCCAAACUUGCACAGUUUGUUCAUCAACAACCGGACCCUGGUAUGCAACGUGGCACCAGACACCAUUAGGAAAGUUCUCAGAGCAUGCCCCAGACUCUCAGCCUUGGGGGUUUACUAUGCCAGUUUGUCUGACGAUGUAUUUCAGGAACUGCUCAAGCCCGAAAGAGCAGCUUUCACCCAUUUAGACAUUUUCUGUGAGCGCCUGGACAAAUACAUACCAGUCAUCUCAGAAGAACUCUGGGCUGCUGUAAGUCAAAAGCAUCCUCAGCUCUGUAUAGACCUAGAGUUUGAUCAUACAGUCCCUGCCUGCAAAAUACCACUGAUCCUAAAACCGAAUAUGCCUGUGAGCACACUGCAACUCAAUACCUAUAACUACAUGGUAAAUCAGAUUAGGUUUGUGACACAGAGCUACAGCAGUACUUUAAAGAAGCUGACACUGCAAACCACGUCCUCAGAGGACUUAAAUUCCUCACUAGUAGAUCUGGCCAGGCAGUGCAGAAAUCUGUUGGAGAUCCACUGCUAUUGUGUGGUCAGCCAGGAGGUGGUAGAAGCGUUCCUCAUGCACUGCCCCAGUUUGAAACAGUACACUCUGAAGGUCACCAAGGAACGGCACCCCUGGAAACCCGUAACAGUUCAGUGACCUGCUCCUACUGACUUCUUGGGGAAAUUGUGGGGAUCUGCGAGAGGGCAGGGAAAGAAGUUUUAGGCUAUAAGGAAAACACUGCAAAAUGCUAUUUGCAGUCAUUGAGAACGUGCCGUUUCAACAGCACUGGCUGUUACGUAUGAUACACACCUGUUCUGCAGGCCAAGCAUUUACACUCAAAUGUAACAGAGAAAGGGUUACAGAGAAAUAGAAUUCCUCUCUUUUUUUCCUUAAUUUUCUUUCUUUCUUUCUACUACUCUUUUGGCGUUUCAGUGAUGGUGAGAUCACCUGUUAUCCAGCUUGGAGGGAUAUAACAGGAGCUGAAUUAUAUCAGGAAAUACAAGCAGGACAAAAAGCGCUUAAGGAAAAGCAUUGACAAGGUAGUAAUAAAAGGCACGUGGCCUGCAAAUUCCCUUGUCCAUCUUGUCUUUCUGUUGCUGGGGAAUGCUGAUUUCCAGGUUAUAAUUUGAAUGACUUUUGCAAAGGCCUUUGCUUUCAUUACAUUGUUAGUGUUUCUUAGGACAAUCAGGAGUAUUAACAGGUUUUGAAUCUGAUGUCUGCAUUCACAUGCAAAUUAUCUUGCAUCUGAGUUAGGAUACGUGUGUGUGGUUCUGUUCUACCAAAGAUUUUGGUAAAUGUUAUUUGAAGAGCAGUUUCUGAGCUGAAAUGAUCCUGGCAUAAAGUGACACUGCGAGCUCCUAUUAGAGCUAUCUAAAGCAUUUAUUAUAAUAAUAAUAAUAAAAUAAAGCAUAUUGUCAUCUAGA